AUGUCAUCACCAUCACCUCCACUUAGUGAGAAAAACUUCCAUCAUAAGGAUGAAGGUAGCCUAACACCCAAGGACAUUGCUGAUUUAUGUUCGCAAUUACAAUCCGUGGUUGAACGUGUGCCCAGCCCUAGUACACCAGCAGCAGCAACAGCAGGCGAUACCAAUAGCAGUACCAAAAGCUUAUCUCUUCCCGACAGCAGCCGCAGUCCUAGUAUCACCAGCACACCCGCAGCAGCAGCAGAUUGCCCUUGUCGACAUAUUGUAGAGGCAAAAAAGGGAGCAACAAACAAACAUUGUGCCUUGUGUGGACGAACUAUACCAGUACUUGAAGAAUUGCAAGCGCAACAAGAACGGGUGACGACGCUGGAGAAUGACUUGAGGGUUUUAAACGGUAAAUACGUGGAUGAAAUUGAUCGUGUGGCCGAGCUACAACAUGCCAAAGCUCAAGCAGAAGCUGAAUUGGAAGAGCUAUCACAACAACUAUUUGAAGAAGCCAACGGGAUGGUGGCGAGUGAGAAACGGGAAAAGACCGAUUUGCAACGUGAAUUGGAGGAUACACGUGAGCGACUUGCAGCUGAAGAAUCUCAAUUGCGUCAAUUACGUCAACUUUUUCAGGAUGAGCUUGAUCAACAAGGAGGAGGACGACGCUUAUCAUUGGAUAAUACAAAGAUUACAAGCGAUCGCCUGGAUACAAGGCGUGCCGACAAAUUGGUUGUGGAUGAAUUUGCAACGUUUGUCAAACAAAGUAGAUCACUGCCACCAAGAAAACUUAUGACCAUGCCAUUUGUAAAGCACAGCGUGGAAGAGGAUGCCCUACCUUGUUUACGAUUUGGACCCCACCCACGAAUGUCAGCACGUAAACUUGUGGAUGCUCUUGCACUUAACACAUGCUUUAUUGAAAAGACACCCCCAGGCUUUGAGAAAUCACAACAAUACAAGGUGAUCGUGAAUGAAACGCCAUUGAAGAUAUCAGUACACAAGCUCAAUUUAUGGGACCGAUUCAGUGGUGAUGUUCUUGCAGUGAGUGGAUGUCAAGCAUGUGGGCGACAUGAUCCACAAACACCCCUUGAGUUUCGAGUGCGUGUAUCCACACAAGAUGAUUGGGCGUGCAUUGAUGGAUUUUGUCGUGACCGGCUUGUAGCUGUAUGCGAGUUCUUUGGAUUUCUACGCAAUGUGCAACAAGGUUACUAUAAUAGUCGAUCGGUACCAGAUCUUUAUAGGGAGGUAUUACAACUACGACUACAAAUGUUCAUGGCUCGGAUGGGGAUCGGGCAUGAGCAGCAACAAAGGGCAACAACAACAUCACCACCGCCGGAGAUUGAACAAGGAUCCGAGUUAUUGUCACCCACACAAAACAAGUAG